UCUUCAUGUCCCCAGGUGCGGGCGCGCGGAUUAUACCUGGACCCGUUUCCGUCUCGUACUAUGAGAACACAACGCUACUAAAAACAAGACCUGUAUAUAAACCAGAAACCACCGCUAUGGACACACAAAAAAUAUCUCCCAGUUGUUUCGAACUUGUCCACGUAAAACUGUACCCCGCCUCUCUCAGUUCUGUGUGAGUGUUUCUUUCGAAAAGGCGGGAAGCUGACCGGAGGGUCUACCACUGCCCCGGUUAUUUCAUCAGCAAGAAGUCUGUGUACAGCAUGGCUUCUACGACAAUAGUUUUUGUUACCAUUUUGGUCCUUCUAUGCGUCUCUGCUGUAGCCGCGUAUUCAGAAGAUGACUCCGACUCUUACAAAGACAAAGACAAGGGGAGCGACUCUUCCUCCUACUACUACGACUACGCCAGUAGCUCCGACGAUGACAUGAGCGGGGAGAUGAACGACGACAACGGCGGCGGCAAGCACGACAACUCCUACGACCACUACGACUACGAUUACAAGAACAACAAGUGGGGAGGAGAUAAUUCUUACUCACGCAAAUCCUACUCACACGGCUCUGGGUGGAAUGCGGCAGCUCAGGCCCAGCCGCUGGUUGUGUGUACCUAUGGGAACAACUACAAGGACAACAACAACAACUACAACAGCUACAACGACAACCAAUACCAGCGCCCUGUCCAGAAGCCUGUCUACAGCCCUCCAGCCCAAACCUACAGUAGUCAGGACCAGGACUAUUCCCAGAAGACCUACAAUCCCCCCGCACCUUCCAAGACGUACCACAACCCACCCGCCCAGACGAACCACCAGUAUCCCAGCCAGGGCAACACUUACUACAACAAGCCAGUCCAGACCUACCCCGAGACGUACAACAACAACAACAACUACCCCAGCAACACGAAGACGUACACACAGACGCAAGCCCAACGCCCACAGUACCCAUCUCCGUCCAUUCCUCAACAACCUGUUUACGUAAAACCCUCUCAGGGAAUGGGACAGGGUGGCUUCAAGGCGCCUAUGAUGUACCCAUUCCACCCUGGUCACUACCCGUUGGUUAGUCCGUACCACAUGCCGGUCAUCCCCGUUUACCAACCUGGCAUGUUCCAGCCGAUGUUUUCCUACCCCGGGCAGCAGAAGGGUUCCUCCGGGCAAGGCAAUGUUUUCCGGCCAGCUAUGGGCAGCGGAAAGGACUCGAAGGAUGAUGGCUACGACUCCGAAUCGGAGGAAGAGAUGAUGGAAUCGUCAGAAGAAGAGGAUGAAGAAUCUUACGACAUGGACCGAAAAUCAACCAUGAACAACCACAAUUCUUUUGAUUCGAGUAAAACGUCUUCAAAAUCUGAUUACAAUGACUACGAUUCGUACAGCAAGACGUCUCGAGUCGACUACCAGAACUCGUACAAGGGUUCUUCUUCAAAUUUCGAUUAUUCGAACAACAAGGGCUCAAUCGGAAACGACAGAGACUACGGAUUCGACUACAAAACUUACGACGAUGGCUCUCAGUCCAACAAAGGUGGAUGGUGGAAUCAAGGUUCACAUUCCGGUGGUAGAUGGCACAGCCACUCAGGAGGAAACCUGCAGACCGGCGGGGGAAAGAAGGUUUUCUGGAACAAAGGCCAAGGCGGUAACAAGGGUGGUUUCUUUGGCGGCGGCAAAGGUAAAGAAGGGAACGGCAAGUCCUAUUACUACUACGACAACGCCGGUACUUCCAACAAGGGUGGCAACAACUACUACUACGACUACAGCGACAUAGCCGACUAUCUGGACUACCCACACAUGGGAGGGGGCAACACUCAGUCCUUCUACGCGCCGAGCCAGGACUACAAGCAACAAGGCUACUUCAAGAGUGGAGCACUCUCCAACCCAAAGUACUUUGGAGACGCUUUCAAAGGGUUCGCCUCUAGCCCGGUGGUGAAACAGAACUUGCAAAAACUCGACGACGCAAACGAAAAGGUGAAAUACGUGCACUACGACCACACAGGAAAUGGCUACGGUACCGGAGGCCACUCUUCCGGGGGAUACGGGGGCGGCUAUUAUGGCGGCUCUGGCUCCGGCUCCGGCUCCGGCUCUCUCAUCCCUCUCCUCCUCCUCGGUUCGCCCCAGGGGACUCAGCUUUUGUUGCAGGCUGCCUUGUUGUCCAAGCUGAAAAAUGUUGGAGGAGGAGGAGGAGGAGGUACUGUUGUUCAUUUCCAUUUGAUCGAGUGUGACACCCUUCAAAAUAAAAAUAAAAAAUGUUAUAGAUCUAGGUUUAACGCCCCUAUCAACGCUGUUAGUGUUAAGUUAUUAAUGAGUCGGGGCCUCCAAGUUUGUCGUACUUCUCUGAAAGGACCAAGCCAAGUGGGAAACUGAUGUAAAGUUCCUUUUCCAAGGACACAACGUUGGACCAAGCUGAAGCUCAAACUUAUAAGAAAGAAACGAGAAGGACGGAGGUGUUAGUUUAGCAAACCACACCAGAGCACCCGCCUACCACCCACUUGGUGUUAUGGUAGGCUGCAUAAAAUGUAUCAAUUUGGAAGAGACAAACGAAAGAGAUGGGAGUUUGAGAUGAUACACUGAAUACAAUACUGAGCCAUUGAAUAUCUCUUACUGUGGAACUAGAUAUUUAUGUGUGUUGCUCUAAUUUAUUUGCUUUUCUAAUGUAGAGUUGGCGUUCCGUUGUUUUCCACACCCAGAUCCAUUCAUAUUCCUCUACUCUCUAAGGAAAUGGCUAAGGAUACUAUUACUUCUUUCCACGACCAUUGUUUUCUCCACUACGUUCACUGCUUCUGCCGGUUUAACUACUAUACCACUACUACUAUAUACUACUAC